CGGUGCCGACAGUGUCGGAGAGCGGUGCAGCAGGCGUCUUUAAGAGGAUCUGAGGGGGAGUGUCUCCAUUAUUUCAUCAGUGAAACCCUGGCUGCAGGGUAGACAGCACACGCCGCGGGAACUAAGACACUCGGAGGCGGCGCACUUUGGAGUUAUUUCCCACAGACAAAGGAUUUAACGGUACCUGGGUAGCUCUUCUCAGUUGGUGAAGAUGGAAUCGCGAAGACAGUACUGGGUCUAUGCCCUCGGCGUGGCCGUGUUGAGUGUAUUUAGUUCCGUGAUGGCAGCCAACAAUUAUUAUUGCGACGAACCCUUGGUGUCAGUGCUCCCGCAAAAAUCCUUUCAGAGUUCCUCGGUGUUCUCUGAAAACCAUUCUCCUCGCUUCGCCAAACUUAAUAGAAGAGAAGGAGGCGGGGGCUGGGUACCACGCAGGACAGACCGGCACCAGUGGCUGCAGGUGGACCUACGGGGCAGGGUGGAGAUCACAGCCAUUGCCACACAGGGGCGCUAUGGCAGCUCAGAUUGGGUGACCAGCUAUCUCCUGUUGUUCAGUGACACAGGCGGAGCCUGGAAGCAGUACAAACAAGAAGACAGUCUGUGGACAUUUACUGGAAACACAAACGCGGACGGCGUUGUCCACCAUCGCUUCCCGCAUUCCCUUAGGACCAGGUUCCUGCGCUUUGUCCCCCUGGAUUGGAGUGCCAGUGGCUGGGUGGGACUCAGGGUGGAGGUCUACGGAUGCACAUACAAGUCAGAUGUGGCAGACUUUGAUGGCAGAAGCUCACUUCUGUACCGGUUUAACCAGAAGUCCAUGAGCACCGUUAAAGAUGUGAUUUCACUCAAGUUCCGGAGCCAGCAAGGGGAGGGGGUGCUAGUUCAUGGGGAGGGACAGAGGGGGGAUUACAUCACCCUGGAGCUGCAUCGAGGCAGGCUGGCCCUACACCUGAACCUCGAUGAUGCCAAGCUCCACUCUAGUAGUGGUCGCAUGUCAGUCACCCUAGGCAGCUUGUUGGACGAUCAGUACUGGCACUCUGUCCUUGUUGAGCGGUUUAACAAGCUGGUGAACUUCACAGUCGACAAACACACGGAGCAUUUCCGCACCAAGGGUGAAGGAGACUCACUGGAUGUUGACUAUGAGCUUAGCAUUGGAGGAAUUCCACUCCCUGGCAAACCAGGGACCUUCCUCAGGAAGAACUUCCAUGGCUGCAUAGAGAACCUCUACUACAAUGGAAUGAACAUCAUUGACCUGGCUAAGAGACGAAAACCUCAGAUCUACAGUGUGGGCAACGUGACCUUUUCCUGUUCAGAGCUGCAGCUGGUGGCGACCACAUUCGUAAGCGCAAGCGCCAGCUUCCUGACGAUCCCGACGGAGGUGACUGCAGGGCUCUCCGUGCGCUUACAGUUCCGCACCUGGAACCGAGACGGCCUGCUGUUCUCCACGCAGCUAAACUCGGACCCCGAGCACCUGGUCCUGCAGAUCAGCGAGGGGCGGCUCCACCUCACUCACCACAGAUCGGCCCUACAGAAAUCAGAGAUAUCUACAGUAGUCCAAACAAUGCCUUUGUCCGCAGGUCACAGUUUGAACGAUGGACAGUGGCACUCAGUCAGUCUCAGUGCAAGGGGACAGCAGGUGUCCCUAACUCUGGAUGACCAGCCAUCUUGGGUUAUGGAGCUGGGAGACCACGUUGACUCUGGAUAUGAUGUCUUCUUCGGGGGUUGCCCCAUGACCCAAAACAAUCCAGGCUGCAAAAACCCCACAUUGGCCUUUCAAGGGUGCAUGCGUCAGAUGUUCAUCAACGGCCAGCCCGUAAACCUCUUCCAUGUGCAGAAGGGCCUUCUGGGGAACUACAGCCAGUUGCAAUUUGAUGUCUGUGGCAUCCGUGACAGGUGUCUGCCAAAUUUCUGUGAGCAUGGAGGCCAGUGCUCUCAAUCCUGGAGCUCCUUUUACUGUGACUGUUCUGGGACAGGGUAUACUGGAGCUACCUGUCACAACUCCAUUUAUGAACCUUCCUGCGAGGCAUACAGGCAGACAGGAAGCACCUCGGGACUCUUCUCCAUCGAUCCUGACGGGAGCGGUCCCCUCGGGUCCACGCUGGUGUACUGCAACAUGACAGAGGACAAAGUGUGGACAGUGGUUUCACACAACAGCACAGAGUUGGUCACGGUGCAAGGAUCUACGCUGCAGAAGCCCUAUGUUAUGCACUUCAACUACAGUACCUCACCACCACAGCUACGUGCCCUGGUGGCCGGAUCAGAGUACUGUCAACAGGAAGUGGUGUACCGCUGCAGGAAGUCCCGCCUCUUCAGUAACUUGGAUGGGACCCCCAUGUCCUGGUGGGUGGACAGGAACGGGGAGAGGCGCACCUACUGGGGUGGAUCCCUUCCUGGGGUGCAGCAGUGCUCCUGCAGUCUGAACGAAAACUGCAUGGACAUGAACUACUUCUGCAACUGUGAUGCAAACAGGGACUCAUGGACCGACGACACAGGCCUGCUCUCCUACAAAGAGCACUUGCCUGUGAGCGAAAUUUUGAUUGGAGACACAAACAGGACUGGCUCAGAAGUCAUGUACAGAAUCGGACCACUGCGUUGCUAUGGUGACAGAUAUUUCUGGAAUGCAGCUUCUUUCUAUCAGGAGUCGUCAUACCUCCAUUUCCCUACCUUCCAGGCUGAGCUCAGUGCUGACAUUUCCUUCUACUUCAAAACUACAGCGCCCUCUGGGGUUUUCCUGGAGAACCUGGGCAUCAAGGACUUCAUCAGGGUGGAGCUGAGCUCUCCAUCUGCCGUGACUUUCACUUUCGACGUGGGGAAUGGUCCGGCCGUUCUGACGGUAAAGUCCCACGUGCCCCUGAACGACAAGCAGUGGCACUACGUGCGGGCGGAACGCAAUGUGAAGGAGGCGUCCCUGCAGGUGGAUCACCUGCCUCUGCGGUUUCUGGAGGCCCCGCCCGACGGACACUUCCGCCUGCAGCUCAACAGCCAGCUUUUCGUAGGAGGGACAGCGUCCAGGCAGAGAGGAUUCCUGGGCUGUAUCCGAGCAUUGGCCAUGAGCGGGCUAACCCUUGACUUGCAGGAGAGGGCAAAGGUCACGCCAGGAGUGAGCUCUGGGUGCCCAGGACACUGUAGCAGCUACGGUAGCCUGUGUCACAACAGAGGGAGGUGCGUGGAAAGCAACAGCGGCUACGUCUGCGACUGCACCCAUACUGCCUACAGGGGACCCCACUGCAAGAAAGAGGUGUCUGUGUCUUUCGUGAGCGGGUCCUCAGUUACCUACACCUUCCAGGAACCGUUCUCAGUCAUGCGCAACAGAAGCACUCUGUCCUCCGCCAUCUACGCAGAGAACGCCAGGCCCAGGGAGAACGUGGCAUUCAGCUUCCUGACCACCCAGACACCCGCCAUGCUGCUCUCAGCCAGCUCCUACUACCAGCAGGGCAUUGCCAUCAUCUUGGCCCGCAAUGGGAGUCUGCAAAUCUUCUACCGACUCAAUAAGGAGAGGGCCCCAGAUGUGUUCACCCCCACAUAUGGAAGCCUGGCUGAUGGGCAGCUGCAUUGGGUUCGAAUGCAUCGGGAGGGGAAGGAUAUUUAUGUCCAGAUUGACAAGGACAUCAACCGAAAAUACAGCCUGUCAUCUAACACGGAAUUAAAUACAAUCAGAUCCGUGACUUUGGGCAAAGUCACAGAAAGUGACAUCUUGAAUGAAGAAGUGAUGCAGGCGGGAUCCAGAGGUUUCAUUGGCUGCCUGUCGUCAGUCCAGUUCAAUCAGGUGGCUCCACUGAAAGCGGCGCUGCUGAAUCGCGGCAGCUCAUUGGUCAGCUUACGGGGACAUAUAGUGGAGUCCAACUGUGGGGCGUCAGCGGACAUGACGAAGUCACACUCCCUCUCAGAUCAUUCAGAGAAAGUUGACAGAGGGAAGGAGCCAUUAAAAGAUGGGGUUCAGAGUGAUUCGGCAGUAAUUGGAGGCGUGAGUGCGGCCGUCGUUUUCAUCACUCUCUGCGUGGUCGCGGUGAUGGCCCGCUUCCUGUACCAGUACCGCCAGGCCGAACAAACAUCCGCCAUCGAGAAGGACCACCGGCACAGCCUGGAGGUGUCCUACCGCACCGAGCUGGACCAUCAGAGCCAUCGGCACGGCCUGAACGCGGCCUACUGUACAGAAAUGGACCUUCAGAACUCGGUGCGGAACAGCAGGAAGGAGUACUACAUCUGACACGCCAGCAUUCGCAGUCCGUCUUUCCUGGCCUCCCUGAGCUGUACGUCUUGGGAAACUGCACCUCGUCUUCUCCGCCCAGAGACAUCUUGGCAUGUAGCCACCGCAUAACGGAAGGGCGAUGGUCUCAACAAAAAAAAAACAUUUAUUAGUCUGUACGUUUUUUAAGAUAUAAAAAACAAUUAUGUGAUUAUUGUUUUCACUGCAGGGUAGCGUAGAACACUAAUACGCAUCCAAGGAAAUUAAGAAACUGAAAUGAUGAAACAGAUUUAUGGGAAAUCUUUUUUUUUUCUUUUUUUUUUUCCUGUCUAUAGAAAAAAGCAAUCUGGCUUAAUCCCAGCAUGGAAACGUUACAAAAACAUCAUUCCAGUUCAUGAAUGAAACAGUAUGUGUGGAUUUAGUAUAAAGAUAUAGAACAAUAUUUAUAUGUGAAUAUUAUUUUAGCAUUAUUUUAUUUUACUAUGUUGAUGAUAUCAUAUGGUGCAAUGAGGGGCUGUUAUUUAUCAUUAUUUUUUAUAGGUAGGAUGCACUUUAGCGACUGACUUUAGCAUAAACAUCUGAAGAAUCUAUUCCACUCCUCAAGCUGAGGUUUUCCUGGGAGAGAAUGUGAUCCAGUAGAUCAGUGCCUCGUCUGCAUGCAUCCCGUUUUGUCUGUCAUGACUACCCACCUAGGGAAUUCUGGGAAGGGAAAGACCUCCCCUAUAUUUUACUGUUGAUUGGACAGGAAGAGCUGAUUUAAUCUGUAGAUUGUGUGUUGAUGUUUAUCUAGUGGAGAGGGAACACAGUUUUGUUAGACAAACAGAAAAUAGGGGGUGGGGUAUAGACUACACAUUUUCUGUAGAUCAUUUAAGGCCUGCUGUUUUCUUAUAGUAAUCCUGUUAUAAAGUUACAGAGGGCCAAGGAUCAAAAGCUGUCCUUCCUGCAUCUGAGGUGAAUCAGCAAGAGAAUAGUGACAUCGCAGAGGCUGUGUCAUCCUGACUGACCGCUCUCUAAAUUCAGAUUUGUUGUCUCUUUUUCUAUUCUCACCGGCCAUUCCGUUUCUUAAGGGCAACCUUCCAGGAUUUGAAAUGCAUUUUAUCAGGACACACCCUGGAAGGAUAAGUACAUUAGAGAGGACUUUCAGAUGAUAAGUUUCUGUAUUAAUUGGUAGGCUGAUAGAUGGAGAAGAAAAAGAAAAACAAUUUGGUUUUGAAUUAGGUCAGAAACAGUUUUGAAUCAGACAUACAUAUUUUGCCGACAGUAUAUCAUAGCCUUUCCCGUCUGUUAUCAGCAUUUGGUCCACAUAUAUGAACCCAACCGGUAGUACAACUGAGUGUGUUCAGAGCGCUUCUAAAAAAUAUGUUGUAUACCAGCUGGUGUUGGGAAACAGAGCAACAAAGUUCAAUAAAUAAGUAUUAAUAAGUCCAGUACUAUGUAUACUGUACUUACCACUGACAAUUAGAUGAAACUAACCAUUCAGAAGGAAGUAUGACUCUUACUCCUGCACGUCAUUUGUAUACACAAAAAUGGAUAUCUUAAUUAACCUUUAGCUACAAAUAUUUUACACGGUCUUUUCUGUCAUCUGGUUGUGAGGACAGAAAGAAUCGCCUCAGCUCACUUCCUUGUUUGCACUUCUGGUGUCAGGAUCCUGGGUCUGAUGUCUGCAGAUCUGUGACUACCCGCCAUCUGCCAAAAACCUCCCGCCAUUAGGCUGCUUCUGAACAUCUAAGGCACAUCUGUUGUCAUACCCUCUGGCAGAGCAGCCAAUCAAAUCCUGCUGAAGCCGCUGUCUGCUAAUGGCUUUGCAAAAAAAAAAAACUUCACAGACCUGCCAUAAAUUCACAAAUUCAAAAAAAAGAAAGUUGUUUUUUUUUUUUUUUUUUUUUUUUUUUGUAAUGCUACAUUUUGUGAUUUGUUAUAUGAGAACAUUAGUUUUCUUUUUUAUUUGUUCAUUGUAUCUUCAUUGGAGUUAAAAUCUGUUACCUCAGAUUGUUGGCCAUAUUCAUUUUCUGUAGUACUGUUACACCUGAUCAAGACGGAUUACCACAGCAAUUUUCGAAAGUAUUGCAUUAAGCAGCUGUUAUACCUAGAAAGUACAAUUCUUUCUUGAGGUUGCGGAAAUCUCUCUGCUUUACAUACCUACAUUAAAGGAAACACAGUGAGCAUUUCCAAAGUUAAAAUGAAUCAUUGCAGUUGAAUGUGUUUCUGAUGUUGUGGAUCGUAAAAUUAGGUGUAGCUCAGUCAGCAGGUGUUGCAGACCUAAUGUUUCGGGAGGUUACUGAACCAGAGGAUGCUUUCAGAACAGGUGAGGUCAGGAAGGAAUCGCACCCACUCCCCGCUCUCUCUGGGGGACCAGGCAGCCGAUCCUAAGUUGCAUGAAAAUUGCUGGGCUGACAAUAAAACCUGCAGUUUUUUUUUGCUGAGCGUGGGUGUUCUGGAGAAUGGAGUUUCUCUCCAAUAGUGCUCUGUCAGCAAGGAGAGAUGCACGAGCGUCCAUGUGUCCAUGCCGAAGGGAGAGGACGGAAAAACAGACAAACUGACCUGGAUUCAGUCUAACUACGGUUUGGUUUCUACUCGACUUUUGAACACUUUCCUUUUUCGGCACUACAGAACAUCAGUCUGUUUUUGGAGUUCUAUGAAAUUUGCAAGAAGAAAAACAAACAAGUCUUUGAAUACACCUUACUACUGUCCACAUUUAUUUAUUUGUUAAUUCAUUACUUAAUAAAUUCAUUCAUUCAUUUAUGUAUAUAACUGGCUGACUGAUUCCAAGGCCAGGAUUUCAAUUUGAUAUAUUAAUCUGCAUUUUACUUUAUGGGCCAUAGAGAGAAAACUGACAUUAACUAUUAUGUAUUUUAAGACAUUCAUAAUUUGAACUUCUCAACCAUGAAAUUUAGAUUAAAUUUUAAAAAAUAUUAUGCACUUUAUUACACUGGUUCCCUCUGGGGUAGAGUACAUGAUUUAUACUAUCUGCAUACCAUAUUCUAUUUGAAGUGGAACUAUCAAAUAGAUAAAUCAUAAAGCUCUAUUACGAGAAUGUGUUUUACAAAACUGAAGAGCAUGAUUUCUCGAGAUUGUUCAUGAAAUGGCAGUUUUUAUGGAGAUGGUCUGCAUCAUUUGUGUCAUGUAUUUAGAAGGUACAGUGUGUGUUCUCCAUUGUUGUGGCAAUAUACAAUACAAGGCUCUAAAUUAUAGACACAAUAUGUGUAAAUGACGGUGUGCAUAUCGUAAUGCUUAGUCACUGAUCAUUUUAUUCAUUCAUUUAUUUGUUUAGGACAGAUCUAUACCCUCUUGCUCGAAAGAGGAAAGCACAUUGUUAGAUAUAUGUUCUGUUUGUGAUUCAUAUGGUUGUCUGUUCAGUGUCUGAAAUGCUACCCAUUAAGAUCAAAAAGACCUCAGGAAAAUGAGUUUCAGAACAGGCUGGGCAGUUCUAUUGAAUUGUAAGACAGAAUAGAAUAAUGUGGAAAAGUAAAGCUGUGUUGCAGAAAAUAUCUUCAUGAAAGGUAUGCUGAGUAAUGUGUAUGUUAGCAGGUCUAUAGAGUUUGUAAUGCAUAAGGAGUACAUCAGAGCAUACUACCUGCUGGUAAAUAAAAUUAAAUAGCGCUCAAUUUGCAUAUUUUAAAUUCACAAGAUGCAAUUAAUUGAAUUGUGUGCAGCAUGUACAGUACAGUAGUAAGUUUCCUUGUUAAUUAUAAUAAAGGAAGUGCAAACUAGAUCUGGAGAUUGCAAAGGAAGUGUCAGAGGAAAUAUUGCAUUUCUGUGGAGAAACUUGUAAUUUUGCUUGUGGUUUUAUGCUGUUCACUGUACAAUGCAGCACUGUAGUUUUGCAGAAGCAUUAUUACAGAUAUUAUCACCCUACCUAUUUUCCCUUCAGUGAACCUCUGUUGUUGUUCACUGCUUUUCAGUGCAGUUUGGACAAUGGUGUGGAUUAUGCCAGUGGCCUUAGCAAAAGGCAACUGGGUAUCACUGCUGUUCAGUGUGUUUUGAAACCAUAUGAACUUCAGUAUGAACAAAUGUGAAGAGACUGAUUUGUGAAGGAAAUUAUAUCAUAUUGUAAUCACUGGGCUGGCUCAUUCUUUUCAAAAAAACGAAAGAAAAACUUGAACAGAAUGAAUCCUGUCACCGAAACACUAUUGAAGUGCAUUAUGUUCUUAAAAUUAAUUACAACAACUGAAAAAAAGACUUGUACAAACUUUGCAGAAUCUGCUGUUUAUUACUUUAUAUUAAUAUUAACAUUGUGGUUAUUUUUUGGGUUUGUUUUAUAUGGCUAUAAUAAUUGUACAGGUAUAUUGUAAAUAGAUGUAUAUUUAAUAAAGAAAAUGCAUUUUUACUG